AAGAUGGCUGCCUGCAUUAGCGGGAUGCGGACCAGAGUAAAUUAGCGAUUUCCAGCACUUCUCUUGGUGCAUUGGCGAUCGUAAUUCGUAUCAUUAGUCGACAUUUUAUAUCAGUUAAAAAUAUGAUUCGAGAAUGUUUUCAUAUUGCGCCAUGCAUAUAGAUCUGUCGCUUGUUCGUUGACUGACAAAGCAGUCUGUCUGAUUUCAAGGCCUGACGCCAUUUUCAUACAUUUGCAAUAUAUUGUUCGGCACUACAAACCGGCUUCAAGAUGGUGAAGGAUGACUAUAAACCUGGAGACAAGAUAUUUGCAAAGAUGAAAGGCUUUCCCCAUUGGCCUGCUCGGAUUGAUGAUUUACCUGAUGGAGCAGUCAAGCCACCGAAGGGAAAAUAUCCUAUUUUCUUUUAUGGAACACAUGAAACUGCCUUCCUUGCACCGAAGGAUGUAUUUCCCUAUGAAGAAAACAAAGAAAAAUAUGCAGUGUUAAAGAAAAUAAAAGGAUUCAAUGAGGGGUUAUGGGAGAUCACAAACAACCCAAAUGUUAAGUUUCAGGGGGCACAAAGUUCAGACUCUGCAGAUGAGGAACCUGAAGCAGAACAGGUAGAAGAGGAGGAGGAAGAAGAAGGGGAAGAGGAGGAAGAGAAAGUUAAACCUAAAGGGAAAAAGAAACAGCCUGCCAAAGCUAAGGGACCACAAAAGAGAAAGAAAGCUACUGCUGGGGGAAAGCCAGCCAAGCGAGCGAGGAAGGAGUCUGCUGAAGAGGAAGAAGAGGCUGAGGAACCAGAGGAGGAUGAAGAUUUUGACGAUAUUGUUUCUCCACCCUCUGAUAACUCCGAUGAUGAAGAUUUUGAUCUUGAAGAAAAAAAGCCUAAAGGUCGAGGUCGUCCCAAGGGAUCAUCUAAAUCCAAAGGAGGCAAGUCAAAGAAAGAAUCCUCUGAAGACGAAAGUGAGGAUGGAGAGGAGGAAGAUAAAGAUGACAAGGAUGAGGACAUGGAGGAGGAAGAAGAAAAACCAAAGAAAUCCAAGAAACCUGCUCAGCCUCGACGUCAGAGCAGGGGAGGGGGGUCAAGUAGCAAGAGGGGAGGACGUGCAUCAACUGGAGCAGGAAGAAAGAAGGCAGGGAAAGUGGAGACCAUGGUGUCAAGUGCUAGCUCUGACAGUGACAGUGAUGGCUCUGAGGAUGGGGUUAGUAGCUGGAAAAAGAAAGAUGCAGAAAGGAAGAAAGCAAUGGAACAGAAGAUAAAGGAAGCAGAAGAGAAACGUCUGAAGGAGGAGGCGGAGAGGAUAAAAAAGAUCCAUGAGGAAGUGGCGAAGGAGAGAGAGGAGCAGGAAGAGGAGGAAGAAGAGGAGAAACCCAAGAAAGCCUCGCCAAAACGACCUGCCAAACCUGCCGCUAAACGUAGGAGUAAAAAAGAUGAAGAUACUGAGAGUAGAAAAAAAGACAAGAAAAAGGGAAAAACAAAAAAGGCAAAGAAAAUGGAGGAUUCAGACCAAGAAAGUGACAAUGAAGAAGUGAAGAAGGAGAUGUCUGAAGAUGAGGAGGAAAAAGAUGUGAUUGCAGAGGAAAAAGAUAAUUCUGAGGAAGAGAAGAAAGGAGAAGAGGAGGAGGAAGUAGCAGAAGAAGAGAAAGUAGAAGUGAAGGAAGAAGUAGAUGAUGUUGAACAAAGUAAUAAGGAAAUGGAGAGUGAAGUUAAAACUAGGACUGAAAGUGACAGUGAAGAGAAAAAAGUUAAAACAGAAAAAAGUUCUAAAGGGUCCAAAUCUUCUGAUUCUAAAUCGAAGGAAAAAGCACAGUCUAAAGAAAAAACACAAUCCAAGGAAAAAUCACAACAGCAUGAGGAAAGAAGACGGGAGGAGGAGAGGGAGGAAAAAGCUAGGGCAGAAAGAGAAGCCGAGAGAAGACGGCGGAUCGAGAAGGAGAAGGAACGAGUUCGAAAAUUUAAAGAAAAAGAAGAAGAGAAGGAGAGAAAAAAACGUGAAAAAUACGAACAGAAGAAAAAAGAUAAAAUCAACUUCAUACAAACUGAAACUAAACUAGUAGCGAUGGACAAAGAGAUAAAAAAGUGUGUCCAGAAAGAUUCUGUGGAUGUUGACAAAUGUCUCGCGAUCAUGGAUGAUCUGAAUACGCUUCCAGUCAAUCAAGUACUACUGAAGAAAAACCCAGACAUCAUGAAAACCAUUAAAAUGAUUAGAAAAUUUAAAGGUAGUGACAGAAUUCGGAAAAAAGCAGAACUAAUUUAUCACAAAUUUAAAGCUUUCUUCCUGGCUGGAGAUGUAGAUAUGGGAACCCCGACAACUCCCAAGGACUCGGGACACAGACGACAUCACCAUAAACAGGUGGAGGUUAUGAAAGAACGUGAAAAUAAAGAAAAUGAAAUCUCUCAACCUAUAGAUAUUCCAGACUCCUUACCUGCUCUUCCCACCAUUGUCCCUGUAGAGGAGGACAAAGUCCCUUCUGUGGAAGGAACAGGCGACUCGGAGCCCGUUAACAGCACGGCUGAUCUCAACAACAGGCUAAGCGAUAAUGGUGUAGGGGAGACAACUCAAAGUGAAUCUGUAUCCCCAUCUAAUGACAUACAAAAUAACAGUCCUAUUCAGUCAAACAAUGCAGUGAAAGAACCAUCUUUAGAUGGUGGAGGGGGUAAAACAGAUCAGCCUGCAAUACAGGGUGAAACUGUAGGAGGGAAUGAAACAGAAGAUCAGACCCCACAAGGUCUUGGUUUUACUGUUGGACUAGGGGAAACAAACCCGUCAUCAUUUUCAUUUGGCUGGGGUGGUUCGGAUCAGCAAAUUCCAGGAUUAGGUGGACCUAUUGUUGUAACUAAAACAGACACUCAAACAGUACCAGGAUUACCUGGUAAUGGGAGGUUAACGGAUCAGCCGUCAUUACCAGGCAUAUCUGUAAAUAACAAUAGUGCUCCCGCUGUAAACAAUCUCAGUGCAGACUUAGAAAAAAUCAGUAGUGUUCUCGACAAGAUGGACGAGAUGGAUGACGAGGAAGACAAUCAAUCUGAGGUGGAGGGAGAAAGCAAGUCUGAUGUGAACAAGAUGGUCCUAUCGGGGGUGGAGAGCAUCUCUGGUGACAGCGGCGAUGAUAUGGAAAUUGAUUCACCUGAUGAAGGUGAAACAGAUAAGGGAGAUAAAUCCGAGGGUGGCAGUCAGUCAGAUGAUCUCUCUCAUUCCAUGCAGCAAGCUGCACAGGAGGCAGCUAAGUAUUCAGCACAAGCAGAAUUCCCAGACGAUACAGAAGACAUGAUGGAAGAUCAGGAGAGGAUUGAUCUUGAUGCCAGGAUUGCUGCCAUCAUUAAGGGAACAGAAACAUUCUCAGCACAGCCUGUGUAUGAUCCCACACAGGCUCCGUUUGAGUCGGGAUAUCCUCCUCCUAAGAAGGAAAAAGUGAAAGCAGAGGAGGAGAAACCAACAGAGACUAAGGAACCAGAGAAAGAAUCUUCAGAGGAGAAAGAUUCGGACUCGGAAUCAGAUCCAGCCAUGGACGAUGAUGAGUUGCAUAGUUUGUUAGGAGUUUAGUGAAGUGACACUUGUAACAAAUUCUUUUGUGCUGGCAAUUUUAUUUCUUUGGAAUGUAAAAUGUGAUUCAUCAGUGACCUGAUACUAUGUGUGGCGCUGAUAACAAAGCAUGUUCUUGUAAAUUUGACAUAGAACUUUGUUUUGUAGUUUGCCAUAGAAAAUUGUGUUCUUGGAGUAUUUAGCUUCUCACUUCUCAGUUGCAGCAUCAUGUGUUGUUAUUCUCAGAAAAUUGUAGUGAACAGAUGAUUUUUGGGAAUAAUCUAGUUGGUUAAUGACCAACUUGAUAACAAUGUAUUAUUGUGAUAUCGUAAUCUGAUAUGGAUCUCAGUUAACAGUUAGAAUGAUACAAUCACAGUUAAUCUGAUAACAGAAUCCAGUGUUGUGAGCUGAACUCAUUUUUAUGGAACGCACGUUUUUAAAUCUAGGAUCUAUGUCAAGUCAUGAAGUCCAAAUGAAGAAGUUACUGGUAUCAUUUUUUUUAUAUAUUGAGAAAAGGACGUGAAGUGUAUUUAUACUGAAUGAAAUACGAAACAGACUUUUUUAAAACUCUUAAUCAUUCUUCAAUGCAUCGUCAUAUCUCGUAUCACUCUCAUUAAGUAUAAUGUCGACUUAAGAUGAAGGCAAUUAAAAAUGUGAACCAAGUUUUCUUGUUUAGUGAAUCUUAAUCAGGAGAAUGAGCUCUCCAUCCGACAAAAUAUUCUUCCUGCAGAUGGCAAAGCAGGACUUGUAAAACAGGGACCAGAUCCUUGAGGCUGAAAGGAGUGUGGAAGGAUUCAUGAUAAAAAUUUCAUUACAUCUUGUAUAUAAUAUCAGUAUACUGGACAUUCAGUAAACCCUUGAUAGUCUGUUUUUCAAUCUCAAAAUGUAUUUACAAUCGAGUUUGAAGGGAGAUAUACAUAUAAGAACCUGUCACAUCUUCUUCAUAGAUGAUUUGACCAUUCUGAUUUGUGAUUUGACUUCUGAAAUUGUCCAUUGUCAAGGGUCAAAUGAAUUACCUGUGAAGUCUAGCUGGAAGGAGUCAAACAUGAGUUUAUUAACAAUAAAAACAUGAUUAUGUUGUAGCAAUAUGGAAUUGAUGCAUGGUAAGGGGUUGUUGGAGGGAUUGGGUAAGGCAACAGGAUGUGUAAGGAGUUAUGAAAAAAAUACAAUUAAAUUAACCGCUGAUAAAUAUCCCUGACCCUAUAUUUGUUUGUAUAUGCACCACUCAUGUAUCGGAUAUAUAUGUGGAGUAUUAGACAGACACCAAGCAUCACUGUUACAACAUCUGGAACAUCAAUAAAGAGAGACAGCAUUAU